AUGACACUCCGGUUCGGCUACACGCAGCUCUUUCCAUACAAAUCCAUCCUCCUCUUCCUCGUCUUUCUCCACCUGUCAGUCCAUUCGCGGCCCGUUGCUUCCUCGCCAGCCAGCGCCAGAGCUGACACUAGAAUCGGGUCCAGCAGCAGCAGCGAUUGGACAGGCGAUGAUAGCAGCGUCAGCAGGAGGAAGCUGAUUGGUCGAGCUGGUCGCGCUCAGGGAGCAUCAGGAUCGGAGGUGGUACUCUGGGAAGGCGCAUCUGGGGAAUCCGACGGCCCACAGAGGCCCGUGGCGGCUGAUGAAUCCACGACCGCGCGAAUCAAUGGUGCAGAUCUCUCGGUUGUUUCCUUGGGUUUCUAUGCAGGAGGAGGGGAUGUGCGGGGGAGAGGAGGGGGGUGUAAAGGAGGGAGCUGCCCGGAUUUUUCACCCUGCUCAGGUGCCCUGGGGCAGAUUGAGGCAUGCUGGAACAGAGAAUUCGUUGACCUAUUUGAUCAGACCCCCUCCGGGCAGCAGAAAAAGUUCCCUGCAUUCUGCCCGGAGAUCCCAGAUGAGCUUGAGAUGACCAGGGUCGUCCCAGCACAGUGUGCAGAAGCGGUCUUGAAAAUGAAAAGAUUUUUGGAGGAGCAGGCGGAGUGGCCGGAGUCAUUACAGGUGGAAAUACCGGAUCCGGGCAACCUGAAGGAAUGGUCCGGGCAGCUUUUCCGGCUGCAGAACGUGUUCGUGAACUGGAGGGGUCAGGUGUUCAACCAGACGCAUCUGUUUGACGCCGGGAGAUGCAGCGACCAACUGGCUGAUUUCGACUACCCCUCAGGCACCCAGUUUGCCGCCUUCCCUUCCCUCCUCAACCUUCUUUCCGCCGCCCGCUUGCCGUCCGAUGUGGUCUUCUCGGAAAUGGCGGAGAAGCUUCCUCUCUUCCUGUCACUGGCGCCUGCCAUGCUGCUGCUGAGGCGCAUACCAGUUGCAGUGCAGAACAGAAAGUUGGUGCGCGGCAUCUGGCAGGCCGUGGUAGGGUUGAGGCCCACAGCGAGUGCCGUGCAUGCCAUGUCGCACUCCUCACUGCUCUUCGCUCGCACACUCUACAUGCCGCUAUUUCCCCCAUGCGGCCACCCCAGCCCGUCUCUCCUGCACGCCUUCCGCGCCCGCCACCUCUUCCCCCCCUCCGGCCUGCCGCUCUUCUCUCAAGACGGCUCCUACCGCCCCCCUGCACCUGGGGGUCUGGCAGAACAAGGAGCACACGAUGCAGCAGGGGAGCUGCCUGUGGUCCCUAUGGGAUUUAUGGGGUCUAUAGAUGGGCGUUUGAAGCAUGAUUGGGUGGUGGUGGUGGCGGCUCCCCCAUCCCGUCUGCCCACAGUGCAAGCUGCUGCGCUGGCUGCAGCGCUACGUGCGGUGAAAUGGAUACUGAAGCAGCUCUAUACCGAGGAUAGAGUCGCCGUGUACAGACGAAACAUGCCGCUCCAAGAAGCCAGAGCGCUGUUCCAACGGGCUCUGCUGUUCGUCGCCUGCGAUAAUGCCCUUGUAAACACCCUCUUCAUGCCUUCCCACUCCUCUGUCAUCGAAAUUCGCACCAGCAGCAGCAGCAGCAGCAGCAGCAGCAGCAGCAGCAGCAGCAGCAGCAGCAGCAGCAGCAGCAGCGGUGCAGAGUCAGUGUAUCCGGACGGGGGAAGGCAGCUGUACAGAAACCUAGCGUUGGCAGCAGGUGUGAAGCACUACCUGGUGGAAUGCCCAGAGGAACCAGUGGUGGAGACAGCAGAUGCGGGGGCAGGGAGCGGUGGAGACAGAUGGGGAGAGGUCGGGAGUGGUGGAGGUGGCGGCGAUGGUGAUGCCGGUGCUGGUGCCGGUGGUGCUUCUGGGGUUGCUUUUUGGGAGGAUACAGAGGAGGAGGAUGGGGAUAAAGGUGGUGGGUCGUCAGUGUACUUGCCUAGAGGUUCCCUGGCUUGCGGUAUUGAGCGGUUGAGAACGGUCCUGGAAAGCGUUCUCCACGAUGGGUUUGCUUCGGAGAGUUUUGACCCGAACCUCCUCGACAGGUCUGGGGAGGGGUUCCGGACGAAGAUUCCAGGUAGCAAGGUCAGCCGGGCAGGUCUGAAAGAAAAGUUUCUGAAAUGGCAGGAGUGUGUGGCAGCAGAAGGCAGCUGGAAAAUGGACCCGAGGCCGAGGCGAUUACCCUGGGAAUUCAAGGGUUACUCGAAUUACUGCGACAAAAGACACAUGGCAGCAUCCCCUACUGCUGUCGUGGUCUCCAAAGCAGAUCAAAUCGCAGAUUCCAUUAUGAAACUUCCUCCAGAAGAGAGGAAGGUGCGGCAGGAGGAGUGGGACGUACGGCCCCAGCUGAAAUACGUGUGGGACACGGAGGGUAAGUGUGGGGCAUGGGAUGCUUUUGAUGGCCCAGUGGUGUGUGACUGGGUGAGAGGGAGAAGGUGGAAUGGAACAGGAAUGCCGCUGACAGAAGAGGAGGAGGAGGAGAGGGAAGAGGCGGCUUUCAAAGGGGAGGCUGUGAGGGAGAAGGGCGACGGGAGCGGCGCGCUUGUACUCCUUAUAGGCGAUUCGUUACAGGAGCAGUUUGUGCGCGUGCUGGUGAACAACAUGCUUACACAUGUAAAGAAACCCGCCACGUGGGCCGUGGAGGAAACGAUCCCCAAGGAAUGCAGCGAGCUGAUCGAACCAGACCAUGCCAGGCACUCUUUCUGUCGAGACUACAAGCUGCACAGCAACGUGUGCGCCAAUCUCACCAUCCGGUUCAUUCGCCACGACUACCUCCAGCUCUCCAACUCGCAGAUCAAGUUCGACCGAGUCCCCUUCGCCCGCCUCUCUUUGCUCACCGGCGCCCGCGUGGUUAUACUGAAUCGCGGCGCGCACUACCGCCCGGACCGACACUUCAUCUCAGCGGUCCGUUCGACGGUGCGAUUUCUCCGGAACAAGCUCCCGGACGCGCUCUUGAUCUAUCGAACCACCGUGCAAGGCCAUGCCAACUGCUCGGAACACGACAAGCCGCUGCUCGUGCCGGGUCCCACGGACAACCUGCCGUUCUUCUGGGGGAAGUUUCACGAGCAGAACGAGCUGGCGCGGGCGGCAGUGGAGGAGGUGGGCGGCGUGUACUUGGAUGUAGCGGCGAUGACGGUGCUUCGUCCGGACUCGCAUCAGGGGUUCAUUCCGGAGUUGAACCACGAGGACUGCUUGCAUUACUGCAUUCCAGGCCCGCAGGACCUGUGGGCCCAGAUGCUACAGAACGUGCUGCUGCAAUUACUCCCAGAGCCGGCGCCUGCUGUUGACGCCUAG